AUGGAUGACCUUUCGCGGUCUGAGUACCCGGCGAUGCUGGAGCAUCUUUCGCCAAGUCAAGCAUCGCAAACACUGAACGAACGUGUCAAGAGAAUUUUGCGAACGAAUACCGAGAUUGCCGACUGGCUGCAGGAACGUCGCAAGGUAGAGGAACAAUACAUCGCCGGACUUAGGAAACUCGCGCUCUUCAAAGUGCCCAAUGCAAACUCGGAUUUGGGAGUCUUUCAACCUCCCUGGGACAGGGUCCUGCACUCUAUCGAAUCUAUUGCCGCAUCACACCAGCUGUAUGUUUCGCGAAUCGAAAAAGAUGUCGAACACUCACUUCGGGGUUUUCAAUCCCGCCCCGAAGUCGCGGGUAUGCAAACCUUCGUGUCCAACAUGCAGAACAUGGCGAAGGAGCUUGAUGACUCCCAGACUGCCGCGGAAAAGGCCAGCAAGAAAGGUGGCAAGAAGGCCGAAGCCGCAAACACGAGGCUGGAGACGGCUACACAGCAGUGGGAGUCGCAAGCGCCAUUCAUUUACGAGUCACUGCAAGCCCUGGACGAGCAACGGACAAACCACCUGCGCGACCUCUUGACACAGUUGCAGACGCAUGAAGUCGACCAAGCCAGCAGGACUCAGGCCGCGGCUGAGGAGGCACUCAACAUGACUCUCGAGGUGGACACCGCCCAGGAAAUACAAAACUUCGCAAGCCGGACCGUGGCUGGGAAACCGAAGCAGGAAAGGCGUUCGCCAAUGUCAAGGCAGACCAGCGCUGUCGCACCUACUACCACAAGACCCCCAAGCAGCGCAGGUGGUCUUAGCGGCCACCAAGAUGACGCCACAAACAGCAGCGAGCACUCUGGUGGUAGGCCAGAACCGCCUACAGAGUCCAAGUUGCGGAGCAGGAUCGGCACAAUGCUCGGGCGGCGACGACAGAGUAUCCAUGGUUUUGGGCAGCUCUCGCCAUCCAAGAACACUGGCCCUUUCAGCCGAGGUCUCAGCAGCGCUCACGGGCCCCGAAUGUCGCCUCGAGCCUCUUUGAACAACUUAUCGGAAUCUGGCAGGUUAUCAUCUCUUGCCGAAUCACCAGACUCGCCUCGAGAUGGCAAGGCUCCUGAAACGAAUGGUAAAACCUCGUAUGAUGGAAGCACAAAUGGGAUGAAGUCCAAGUCUGAGGGUUCGUCAGCUGCUCUCGCCGGAGAAUCUGGCUCGACAUCGAAACCAGCUCUCACAAACGGCGAGCCGACUGCUGAUGACCUGUUCGGCCCGGCGCCUGCAUCCUCCCAGGCCACGAUUGAGACAGGGGACAACGCGGGAGGGAAGGAUGCGGAUGGGUUCACUGUUCCCCCUGAGAUGAACGACCCGAUAUCGCAAGCCCAAAAGGAGGCCGCAGGAGACGACCACGACCAGUUCUUCAAGUUGAACAUCCAGAAGGAACCUGUGGCGGAGGAGGAUGCGGACGCCCAGAAAGCCGCCAUAUCCAACGUGACAAACACGCUCUCGAUGUCUAUGCCCUCGCGCAAGAGUGGUACCGUUCGCGGACGGCGAGACGUGCGCAACACAAUCUACAUGCCACCGCCGGCUAUGCCCGACACUGGUAGCCAGCUCGGCACAAUACCUGCAUCGCCUGCAUCGCCUACAUUGCCUAUGUCAGUUUCGAAACCAUCGGUCGUAGCAACCCUGGCUUCAGAGGCGAGUGUUGCCGCAAUGUCGGACACGCAGUCGGUUCGCUCGUCCAACUCGCUGAACAGCUUGGCUCAUGCCAAGCACCCAGAGCUGACAGCUCCGGGGCUUAGCUCGUCGAUAAUAGAAACGGUGUCUGCGCAUUUUGAGGGCGGCGACUUGAAGACUGUCAAGAUCAACGGAGAGAUUGCAUUCGCCUACAAUGCCGGCCCAGAUUUCACCCCGAAAGACCGUGAGAAUAUCAGGAUAGACAACAUGCCGUUACUGGAGGCAAUCGGACCCAACCGCAUCUUUGUUUCCAACACGGGCCACUCGGACGAAUUCACGCUCGAUACUUCGCACAUGAGCAAGACUACAACGGCCUUCACGUACCGUCUUCACUGCGACCCUGAAAACCCAUCCACCCUCGCACCUCUUUGUCCCCUUAUCCUUAAGCCAGCAUGGAAGCCGACGCAGGACCACAAGCUCGGCUUGCUUCUCCAAUACGCCCUCAACCCGGCACUGUUUCCUAGCCUCGAUGGCAGUGCUUCUUCCCCUACUUCGGAGACCUCUUCGACACUACCACAGACCAUAACGCUGCGCAACCUCGUGUUCGUCGCAACAUAUGAGGGCCUCGCCUCAGUAGCGCAAACCAAGCCUGCGGGCACGCACCUGCGUGACAAACACCUGGUAUACUGGCGCCUAGGCGAUGUUACCUUGACAUGUGGCAGCGAGAUUGAAUGGUCCAAGAUUGUGUGCCGCAUCGUGGGAGCAGACGGGGCCGACAUCCAGCCCGGUCACAUCGAAGCCAGGUGGGAAUACACGCCCCAGGCCUCGGCAUCUGCACCCCGCAUCUCAAUCAGCAGGUUGCUGGAGGACACCAAGGGCAAGGGCAAAGCCGUGGCCGAGGAGGACGGCACCCUGUCGGCCGGGGACCCCUUUUCGGACGACAACCCAAUCAGCCCGCGCAACGAUGACCGGAAGUGGGCCGAGGUGCCGCUGGUGAGGAAGGCUGUGAGCGGAAAGUAUGAGGCCAAGUGA